CAGAAAAAAUACAUGUAGCAAUAAAGCUUGGUUUCUGCUCUUACACUAAUUAAGAAUACUGCAAUGGAUUAAUAAAACUAGACCAUGUCUCUUAUUUUGAAGGAAACUGAAAGUUUUGCUGUUGACUAUAGUGAGAACAAAUAUAAAAUGUUUAAUCCUGAAUCUUUGAAGCAUGAACUGAUGAUGAACCCAUUGCACCACUCAUACACUGGCACUGCCCUUCAUUUGGCUGUGCAGCUUGGUGAAAAACAACAGGCACAGCAGAUCAUCAGCAGUGUUGGUUGUGCAACCAUGGGUGUUGGUCCUGAUGGCAGGAGUACCUUGUCUGUUGCUGUCAUAGGAGGCAAUAAGGAACUUCUCGAGCUCCUCCUUAAAAACGGAGCCUCACUUACAGUGGCUGAUGCAAAUGGAUGCACGCCAGUACAUCACGCUGCUUCAAAGGCUCUGGAUGGCUGCCUAAAGAUACUAUUGAACUACUGCGAAGCACAAGGCAUCAGUGCUGCCCAAGUAGCGCUUUGGUCUGAUAGUAACAAAGUUACACCUCUGCAUCUCAGCACCACUACUUCCUCUACUAAGUGUCUUGUGAUGCUCCUGAAGCAUCUGGAGCCUGGCAAGCUCGACCCACGUGAUAAAAAUGAGUAUACUCCCCUACACUGGGCUGCGCGGUAUGCUAAUGACGCUGCCAUCUCUCUGUUGCUGCGCCAUGGCGCCAACUGCCACACGCCUAAUGCCUUCCGACAGACGCCACUACAUUGUGCUGUGUGGCAACCUAAUACCAAGAGGCACUCAGGUGAAGGACAAGUGCAGCCAGGCAGCAAUGCAGCCAAUUCUUGUGAGACAGAACAACUGGAGUGUAUUACUAAGCUGCUGCUUGCUGCUCCCAGUAUCAUAACUUGGCAGGACUGCAAAGGCUGGACUGCACUGCAUGUGGCUGCGGCUCAGCCAAGUUUUGCUGUCAUACAGUUGCUGCUGCAGCGCUGGCCUCCAUCACUUGGCUGUAGUCCCAAUGACCACAACUUCAGAACUCCUCUUCACAUGGCCGCCAUCAGGUACAGUUGCUGCUGCAGCGCUGGCCUCCAUCACUUGGCUGUAGUCCCAAUGACCACAACUUCAGAACUCCUCUUCACAUGGCCGCCAUCAGGGGACGGUAUGACGCGAUGCAGGCGCUGUUACUUACAAUACAGUGAUGGCGGUGUUGCAGGGGACGCUGUCCUCCCCCAGCCUGAUGUGGCCUUCUGUCCCGCGCUGCUGACGGCGGCCGGCCGCGGCCACGUGGCCACGACGGCGCACCUGCUGCGCAUCUGCGGCGACGACCUGGUCAACGGCGCCGACCUCGGCGGUGCCACGGCGCUGCACUGCGCUGCUGCAGGCACGUGCGUGGACACGCAGGACGGGCACGGCAGCAGCGUCCUCCUGACCGCCGUCCGCAGCGGCCACGGCGGCCUCGUGGCCAUGCUGCUCGAGAACAGCGCGGACCCGGACCUGNUCAUCAGGUUAACGCCACUCGACGUAGCAAGAAAUGGAGAGCAUCAUGCCGUGGAAAAGCUUCUCAUCGACGCUGGAGCGCUCACUGCCAUGGAGGUGCAGGAGAUAGCAGCUAGAGUUGUGCAGGAGACCUGGCGCAGGUAUCGUCGGAGGGCUGUCAGGAACGCCGCCCCGACAUCCGCCCAAGUUGCGUCAGGUGUGGUGCCAGCAACGCAUCAAGUGUGUCACGUUAAGCCUGUGUCACAACACGCGUCCGACAUCAGACCUACCAACACGCACAGACUUCUCCGCCCUUCGAUAUUGUCUGUCGACUCCAAACUGCCUGCGAGAGUUUCCACCGUCAGUCGAGGCUCUGAGAAGAAAAACGUCAACGAUUUUAGUAAUAAAUCUAACUCAAGUGAAGGCAUGAGCAUAAGUGAUGCUGGAGCAACUCCGCGACACCACGCGGCCGACGUCUCCCCUGUGGCGACGGGCGCUCUACAGCGGCCGCCCGUGCGACGGCCGUUCGACCCGUCACGUGCACGGUCUAUUGAGUGCUCUACACAGUGCACGGUCUUGGCUAACUUGUCUUUAUUUUCCUCAGUGGCGAGACGGCAACCUGACGGAACUUAUUCCUACAACCUGACGCCUGCUCGCUCUCCUACCAUCAACCACCACACCACAAGCGCUACGAUCCACGGUGCUGACAUGGCUGGUAACUACCACAACACCGGCGUUAAGAACCAUGGCCUUGUCACAGCUGACAACCACCACAAGAACCAAGGAGUUGACGUCAGCAACAAGACCGUCUCCAAAAUAAACGCUACCAAAAGACAGGUCUAA